GCUCAUCCAAGUGAAGAUAUCACAGGAGAUGAGGCUAUCCGUCUCGGGUUUCUUCUUAUUCUUCUUCCUGUUCAUCUCUUGUACAACUGCAUAUGAUCCGCUGGAUCCUAAUGGAAACAUUACAAUCAAAUGGGAUGUCAUGUCAUGGACAUCAGAUGGCUAUGUGGCUGUAGUAACGAUGAACAACUUCCAAAUGUACCGGCACGUACCAAAUCCGGGAUGGACAUUAGGAUGGACAUGGGCUAAGAAAGAAGUGAUAUGGUCCAUGGUGGGUGCACAAACAACAGAACAGGGAGAUUGCUCAAAGUUCAAAGGGAAUGUACCUCACUGCUGCAAGAAAACCCCGACUAUCGUCGACCUUCUGCCCGGUGUUCCUUACAAUCAGCAAUUCUCAAACUGUUGCAAAGGCGGUGUCAUGGCUGCGUGGGGACAGGACCCAUCUGCUUCUGUUUCUCAGUUUCAGGUCAGUGUUGGUUUGGCCGGGACUACAAACAAGACCGUCAAACUUCCAAAGAACUUCACUUUGCUUGGUCCCGGGCUUGGUUACACUUGCGGUCCUGCCAAGAUUGUGCCUUCUACAACCUUUCUUACCCCUGACAAGCGGCGAAAGACACAGGCCUUGAUGACAUGGAAUGUUACCUGCACAUACUCGCAGUUUCUGGCAAGAAAACACCCAAGCUGUUGUGUCUCCUUCUCAUCCUUCUACAAUGACACCAUAACUCCUUGCCCUUCUUGUGCCUGUGGUUGUGAGAACAAAAAGGGCUGUGUCAAGAGUAAUUCCAAGAUAUUAAGCAUGAAGGGUAUUAAUACUCCGAAAAAAGACAAUGCUCCUUUGCUGCAAUGCACACACCAUAUGUGCCCGGUUAGAGUUCACUGGCAUGUAAAAGUUAACUACAAAGACUAUUGGCGAGUGAAGAUAGCGGUCACAAAUUUCAACUACCGCAUGAACUAUACACUUUGGACACUGGCUAUCCAACAUCCAAACCUCAACAAUGUGACUCAAGUUUUCAGUUUUGAUUACAAGCCACUCGUUCCUUAUGGAUCCAUAAAUGAUACGGGGAUGUUCUAUGGAAUGAAAUUCUACAAUGAUCUCUUGAUGGAAGCAGGGCCUUUCGGGAAUGUUCAGUCAGAGGUGCUACUUCAGAAAGAUAAGAACACGUUCACUUUCAAGCAAGGCUGGGCUUUUCCAAGAAAAGUUUACUUUAAUGGUGAUGAGUGCAUGUUACCUCCACCCGAUACAUAUCCGUUCCUACCAAACUCAGCGCAAGGAAACUUAGCUUCUUUCUUGACAUUGCUACUUGCGCUUCUUCUCUUGAUCUCUAUCUGGUGAUUCUUCCUUGUGGGCUGAGCAGAGAAGCUUUCAAGAUCUGAAGCCAAGAGCACAUCUUUUAGAUUUACGGUCUACCAGAAUCACAGGUAUCAAAGGCAUAACAUUCUAAAGAGAAGCAAACAAAAACAUAAACAGAAUCUUUUUGCAAUCUGAAUGCAGCACUGUUAUAUACAUUUUCUGGUCAAAGAUGAAACAUGAGUUUUGUAACAGAGAUGUUUAGAGAUUUGUGAGUUUUACCUUCAUUGUUUCA